AUGACUGAACUUGAAGGCAGUGAGCUUCAGGGUUAUUCAUUACAAAGGACUGAUGGGGGCAGGGAUGCAGUGACCUAUAAUGAUGUGCAUGUCAACUUCACUCAGGAAGAGUGGGCUUUGCUGGAUCCUUCCCAGAAGAAUCUCUACAAAGAUGUGAUGGUGGAAACUUACACAAACCUCACUGCUAUAGGCUACAAGUGGGAAGAUAAUAUUGAAGAGCAUUGUCAAAGUUCUCGAAGACAUGGAAGGUAA